UCGGUAAGACCGAGUGUCCAGAAGAAAUUCAACACCCAAUAGUCCCACAAUUUUAAAAAGAAAGAUGUGCCGAGGGUUAUCAUCGCUGCCAAGCAACUGCUUAGAAAGGGCAAAAGGGAUCAAGACCCGUUUGGUAAUCUUUCUGCAGUCUAAGCGGGACUUCACUCGAAUAAAAAAGUCAGAAAACCCCAAAUCCAGGCCUUCCUCAGAUGAAGCGAGAAAAUGGAGAGAAUCUCUCGACAAGAUGCUUGCUCAUCCAUAUGGCCUGGCUGCUUUCAGAGCUUUCCUGCGGUCAGAGUACAGUGAGGAGAAUCUCGAUUUCUGGCUGGCCUGCGAGGAUUACAAGAAAACGAAGUCGCCUGUAAAACGUGCCUCCAAAGCCAAGAAGAUCUACUCUGAAUUCAUAGAAACAGAUGCCCCUAAAGAGAUUAACAUUGAUUUCGAAACCAAAGACUUCACAAAAAAGAAGCUGCUGGACCACAACAGCUGCACCUAUGAUGUGGCUCAGAGUAAAAUCUACAACCUCAUGGAGAAGGAUUCCUACCCAAGGUUCCUGAAAUCAGAACUGUACUUAAACCUGACCAAGCAGGCAGAAAGCAGAAUUAAACAGCAUUCAAACUCCGACAGACGUUCCCAGACGUGACGCUGAAGACAGAACCUCUCAGAGUAUCUAUCUUAACAGAAGGGGCCCCGGCUGCGAGCUAAUGGACAAUGAAUGGCAGGAAGACUUAAAAAGAGUAGCAUUUUGAAAGAGAUUAUUCAUGAGAUUGUGAAUACAUACGCGACUAUCAGCCGGCACGGUUUGCAGCCAAAUAAAUUUUCAAAAGUAUUUGACACAGGAAGAUACAGAAGAACGUGCAAGAGAAGAAAGGGAAUGUGUACAUUUACAUUGCGACGCCGGGGUAAUUAUUGCUGGAACAAGUUAUAUGUUAACUAUACAAAUUGUUCAAUAAAAUGCGUCCUAUUAUUUGUUUAAAUUAUUUUCAUGAUCUAGUUUACGCAAAAGGAGUCUAGGAGUCUGUAUAUUACAGUAGAAAAAACAAGUUGUGAUUGUGUUUUAUAAAAUAAACUGUGACUGCCCUUA